AUGGAUCCCUUUGUGUUCUGCAGAAUUCUGGGCCUCUGUAAGGACGUGCCCAUGGAGAAGGCCCAGCCGCGCUGGUGGCUGAGAGAUGAGCAACUGCGGAACGAGGACUGUCUGUUUCCCGCUUGGUGCUGGUGUACGGGGCCUGCACAGCUCGACACGAUUCUGACGCAGAAUGAGGCGAGCAGCCGUUCGAAAAGCGUCCCCGUAGAGGGCCUCGCGGCGGACGGCCUGCCGCUUUCUUUGCAUGCGCGACUGCGUGAAAUUGCGUUCGUUCAGCAGUUCCACGUGCGGCGCUUCCAACAACUCGAGGCUCAGGAGCACUUUUUGCGAGCAGAGAAGACGCGGCUGGAGGCUCUCGAAGGCCGCCAGCGCCCGGAGUCGCAAGAAACCCGAGGCGACACGCCGUCCGGCGCGGACUCUCACGCGUCUUCCGAGGGAACGGGAGUCACUGACACGCCAUCGCUGUCCGGUGAGCGCGCCGAGCGCGGGUGUACGUACAGCGCAGCGCCCGAUGACUCGAUACCUGAGUCGAAUGAAGGCAGCUCUGAACGCGACGCCCGGGGCGCUGACAGAGGCUCCAGCGCCGAAGAGCCCUCGAGGGGGCAAGCGUGUGCAGCAGACACAGACCCGCGGACUAUCGGCAGACUCACGACGGAUGAAGAAGGAAGUCGAUUCACAGCGGAGACAACUGCAAAGCCGGCGACGCAUAGUGCGGCAGACGCUACCGCAACGAGCGCGCCUCCUGAGGCCGCGGUUUCCCAUGCUAGUCCCGAACCGGCGGCGCGCCUCACGGCCGUUGCAGAGACGGAGGAUGUCUUUGAGGCGCAAAGCGAAAACUCCGACGCACAAGAGGAUACAGAAGCGUCGGCGGCGCUGGCAAAGGACCACAUGGAGGGUAGCGGCGAAGUCGGGAAGAGCCAGUCGGUUCACGAGGUGACCACGCACGUCACUGAAGAUGGGGAUUUCCAGAAAGAAGAUGAAGAGGCGUUCGAAAACGCCGUUUACCGUGUGGAAGAUACCAAAACUGCAGACAUGGCCCAGAGCAUUGAGCGCGCUGGUGGAGCGGCAUCGCGAGACGCGAUCUGCGGGAAGCGGCAAACCAGUUCGCCCCGCUCGUCCGGCAGCACCACAGCGCGAUAA